AUGGGAAGCAACCAUAAGAGACUGAUCAAGGAGCUAGUUGAAGGGAAGAAGACGGCGACUGAGCUUCAGAUGCUGCUUCACAAGCCCCUUGGAGAUCAUGGGUCGGCCUCAGCUGAGGAGCUUGUGGUGAAGAUCAUGACAAGUUUUACAGAGAGUCUCUCUGUUUUGGCUGCUGAGAAGAAGAACCCAGGUGAUGGCCAUGAAGAUCACCAGUCUGGUGCUUUUGGCGAGGUUUAUCAGAUCAAACCGGAGCCUUCCCAUUCACAUUGUGACGACCGGAGCUCUGGAGAUUCCGGCGAGAGUAGGAAAGUGCAGGGUUCCAAGGAUCGGAGAGGUUGCUACAAGAGAAGAAAGACUUCCCAAUCAUGGACAACAAUCUCUUCUGCAAUUGAAGAUGGCCGGGCUUGGAGAAAAUAUGGCCAAAAGGAAAUCCUCAAUGCUCCAUAUCCAAGAGCUUACUUCAGAUGCACACGCAAGUAUGAUCAGGGCUGCAGAGCAACCAAACAAGUCCAGCAAGUCCAAGACAACCCUCGCCUGUACCAAACCACAUACAUUGGCCAGCACACAUGCAAAAGCAUGGUCCCUCCACAGAUGAUCAUAGGCUCCUCUGAUCAUUGGGAAUCUCAGACUGUGAGCUCAGAAUCCGAGACCCCAAACAAGCAAAACCAUGAUUUCCUUGGCUCAUCAGCAAUUCCCUUUGUAAAACAGGAAGAAUACAAGGAAGGGACACCAACACCAAGUGACCUAACAGACAACCUUUCCUCGUUGGAGACUAAUCAUCUGUGGUCUGAUUUCAAGGAUGAUUUUGCUUUGUGUGACCCUGCAGCAAUGUGUGUGUCUACCAAGUUGGGGUCUGAUAAUGAGGAUGUGGUUUCAAACAUGUACUUGGACAUGGAUUUUGUGGUCAAGUCUAUCGAUUUCGAUCGUGAUUUUAAUUUUGAUGAAGUUGAAUUUCCUAAGAACUCCUUGUAA